AUGCAGUUCAUUACACACCUCGCCGUUGUCACUGCGGCUAUGCUCCCGAGCGCCCUGGCCGUCCCCCAGCCGCAAGCAACAACCACGUCCGUGGCCUCCAUGCCGGGCCACUACGAGUGCAGCUCCGUCACAACCAUCACCAGCACCGUGGGGACCAACAUCCACUGCCUGCGCGAGGCCGCCGAGGUCUGCAUCCGGCCGACCAGCACCUGCCAGCCGGGCGAGCCGACGGGCCGCUCGUUCCCGACUGUCACCUCGUACAACCCGCCCUCGUGCACUGUCGACGUGCUGAUUAAGGAGGGCGGGUGCGGGUAUUGUGCUAGCUGUCUGGCUGCUCCUACGGCCUAG